UUAUCAAAAAGUCACAAUCAACGGACCGCGGCGUGAUGAAAUAUGUAUUGAUCUCGUGGAUCGCUUUUAGUUUACAACAAUAGCAGUCUGUUGUCCUGUCGUUAUUAUAAGUUGUUAACGUUACUUUUCUAAUUCUCGGGUUAAUCGCUAGCAUCGCGGCAGUUAGCUAGCUCGCUAGCAUUGACAACCCACUAGACGGCUGUAAUAUAGCAGUUAAACAAACGGUGGAAAGGCGAUACAACGUGUGCUAUUCUUGAACAUUCAGUUUAUUCGCCCUAUUAUUUUCAACAGAUUCCCUAAAUCAAAGCAAUUUAUCAACAACAGACAGGAUGACAGACAUUGAAGUUGAGUUUGAGGCCCUGGUUGCCUCUGACUCGCCGUCGGGACGAGGUGCAUUUGGGGUCCUGCAGGAGGACGUGCGCGGUGAGAGGGAGAGCCUUCAAAUCCCCGGACAGCGAGAAGUGGAGCAGCCGUCGUUCUUUGCCGUCGUAGCUCCUCCGGCGCCACCUGGCGGCGAGAACGCGCCCUGCAGCUGUGACUGCGAGGCCUGCAGCUGCCCGGGGGUCAGGUGGAUGGAGAGGAGCCUGCAGUCCAUCGAGCUGCAGCUCCGGUUCCUCAUGAGCAAAGCGGAUGACCUACACAACUGGCUUGUCGACGGACCGGAUCACCUGGAGGGGGAGGCUCUUGCGGCCGCGGUGCCAAGCUUCCUGUACACCUGUCAGCCGUUCUUCAACCUCCUGGAAUCCACAAGCUCCGUGUCCCAGCACACCCUUCUGCCCUUUGACAUCUAUACGAGGCGUGCACAGCUGUUGGACUUCUCUCAGCAGCUGUGCGACAGGUUGGAGCAACUGGUGCUGACCUACGCCAGCUGUAAUCUCCUCUGUUUGGACGAGACCAACCCGAACAGCGUGUCGCACUUCUGCAUCGGCUGUAGUCAGGUCGGCCCUCUGAGGGUGACGGCGUUCCGCUACUGUAAGCCCACGGCGUACCUGGCCCAGGUCGACUCCGGCCUCUACAAGCGCAUGCGCUGGAACGUGGUGGGGCCCAGGGACGAGCGGCGGGCGGGCGGGGCAAAGAUCGUCUGCGACACCGAGUAUUACUUCCUGUGCUACGAGGACAUUCCCAACGUGCACGCCGACGCAGCCAGCGUGGUGAGGAUGUGGUCCAUCGGCCUGUGGCAGCAGGUGACCCCCGACACAGAUGACAUCGAUGACUGGGUCCUAUGCCGGGUUCCUCAGGCCAACUACCACAAGCUGUUGUUCCUGGGCAGCGAGGAGCCGUCGAGCUGCAGCGCCACAGAGUACCUGCAGCAGCUGCUGCUCCUGUCCCGCCCCGCGCCAGAGUGACGGUCACACGUACAGGAGCCGGACCCGGCCUCGAAACAUCUGGAUGCCAAGUUGAAAUCACAUGACUGAUGCAUUCGGGGACUGUUGACCCGUGUUUAUCAAAGUAAUGGUUUUAUUGCG